CCAACGCAAUGAAGCUUGAAUCAAGAGAGAGAAAAGCCAACCAGGAAAUGUAACAAGACGACACAAACUAUUUUUCUGUGCAGUGUUAAAUUCUUCCUUUACAAGAAUUACAGCUUUAGUAAACGAUUCCUACUUAUUAGGAAAGUAUCCUUUGCCACAAAAUGAACCAUGAACAGGACCAGGAGGGUGUGGCUGGAACAACAGAGCCAGUCAAUAAAAUGCAGUUCUUAAGAGAAGAAGCAAAUGAUGUGAUUGAGAUAUUGAAGAAUAAUUUGAACGAAACCAUGCUCAAGGGUGACCUUAUAGACGGUCUUGUGGAGAAAUCGAAGGAGAUGGAAGCUGCGGCCAAACUGUUUGAUCACACGUCUGAUAAAAUGGCUCGCUCAUAUUGGUGGAAGAAUGUCAAGCUAGUCGUGGUCAUUGUGGUGGUCGUACUCAUCAUCUUGCUCAUCAUUAUACUACUAGCCACCGGCAUCAUCCCUGUCAGUGCUCCUGUGCCACCCAUUGUGGAAUCCACCACGACCCCUUAAAUACAGGCAUGAAGUCAUAUUGUUGAUACAUACUGAAUUCAAUCAACAAGCACAUUCCUGUUACAUAGUUACAAAGGUAUCCAACAUGUUGAGCAAAUCGCUACUGCUCUAUGAAACUUGUCUUUGUUUUAAACUGAGUGGAUACAAGUGACCUCAAAUUUCAUUUGAUUUGUUUGGGUUUUUUUUUUUCAUGAUUUGGUGUGAAAUAUUUUAGUGUACACGGAAUCGUAACUUCUGUUUUGACAGUUUGUGGUUUCACGAGCCAUGCUACGCCUUUUUUUUCAUGAUUUGGUGUGAAAUAUUUUAGUGUACACGGAAUCAUAACUUUUGUUUUGACAGUUUGUGGUUUCACGAGCCAUGCUACGCCUUUGUUUCCUCAUUCUUUGUUCUGCUCAUUUCUGCUUUGUUUCAUUCCCUUGCUGCCUGAGUAAAGUAGAGGUUUUUUACAUAGUUAUGCAAACUUCAGAAAUCAAAUGUUUUUUACCCUUUACUUUGUGUAUCAGUCAAUUCAAUUCCCUUUGUGUAUUGUUGAUUUUUAUCCCUUUUUUUCUUUACAGUAUAUAUGACCUUCUGCUUUGUGUUAAUGACUGUGAUUUAAGUAUAUUUACUAAACACACAUUGUAAAUAGGCUUUUUAUAAAACAAAACCAAAAAAAAUAAAAAAUUAUAUAUAAUCUUCGUCUGAAGCAAAAAUAUUUAAGGACACUUGUCACCUUUUUUUUUUGUUUUUUGAGGAAACAAAACUUGACAAAACUCAAGUGGUUGUAAGACAAAGGUUUUUCAGUCUGUUGUUAUUGUCAUAAUGACCUAACCCUAACCCUAACCCUUUGACUAUCUUGACAUGACAAGACAUGAUAGUGGUGGUAUUAACUCAUUCACUGCGAUUCAGAGUUAUAGACAUCAAAUACAUUUGCACUGGGAUGGUUGGCAUUGAGCGAUCUUAUUUCACUCGUCCAAUCGCUGCCAGUGCUCCCAGUCAAAUUUAAGGUUUAAUAUAAAAUUAUGUAGAUAUUUAACACAGUUACAGUCCACAUAAAGCAAUAAAAAUACAAAGAAUUUUUUUACUGAAACAUUUGAGAUAUUUGAAUGACAACCAUUCUUUUUAACAAAACAGUAUAUCUUUAAAAAAAAAAGUGACAAUGUUAAUCAUUGUUUUGCAUUUUAAUUUAUUUGAUUGGCUCUUUGGUCAACCAAUCGAUGUGUCAAUGCCGAUCGAUGUAUCGUUAGACAACUAGCCAGCACUAGUAAAAACGUGGUUGUGAAUUAAGAAUUGAAUACCGUAAUCAGUCUAUAAGGGUGCACCAUGUUCGUAGAAAUCGUUAUCAGCCGCAGAUCGAAGUGACUUCACACCUACAGUUGUGCAAUCCUUGUAAUUUAGCAGGCCAUUCAACAAUAUCAGACAACAGACUUUUAAGACAAAUUCAAUCAUUUGAUCCUAUGUACACAAUGGCUGAGAUAGAAAACAUGCAGCAGUCAUCAGAGGAAGUGUAGCAAAGCGCAAAAUGCAGUAAAAGACAGCCGCAAAAAGAUAUUCUUAUCAGCUCGUAACUUGGUAAGUGCAUGGACUGUGAUGACAGUUUGGGAUUUAACUUUGUAAUGAAAUAAAAUAUUGAUGAACAUUUACUAAAUAUAUAAUAGUAAAUACUGGCAGGCUGGGAUUGGUUGAUACACAUCACGUUCACACUCUUGCGAUGUUGAAAAGUCCAAUAAAUGUUUACGAUACAACAAAGUUUUAAUGAAAGGCCAUAUCUUUUACUUUUUUUUUACCCAAGUAAAAAUGUUAUUUUAUCAUCUGAAGUCACUAUGGGCAACAGUUGAGUAUGGUCCCAAAACCUAAAGGAUUUAAAAUACUCGUGUUGAUGGAGCUUUUUGUAAAACGACUCAAAAGGCAGGACCUUAACGUUAGCAGUGAGAGCUCACUUUUUGUGAAAAAGAGAAGUUACAGACACACAUGACCACUCAUUUUCAUUUCAUUCGUUUAGUUCAGGCCAUGAUUUUCCUUGUCAAGACAGCAAAUAUAUGCAGCUCAUAUAAUCAUGUAACAAAAAAGAGCAGCAAAACUAAGUAACAUUGCAACAUCAACCACAUGCCUAAAAAGGAGUGGGAAGAAGAAAAUUUAUUUAAUCCCACCCCUAUUCUCAUCUAAUUUAAGAACAAAAAAACAAUAUUGCUACUUCCUUCCAAAAAUGUAGGCAACGAAAAAAUCAGUUCCAACAGUUUUGUACAUGUACAUUUUUGUAACAAAUUUUGUCCCUUGUGGUGAAGUUACCACAGGUAACACCCAAAUCAAAGACAAUUUCAUACCAACGUGGUAAAUGAAAGUAAAACCAUACCAACAAUGGUAAAGGCCACACACACAGGACAAACAAAUUAUAAAUGGCAACAAUAACUAUACAAACAAUGGUAACGGACAAUAUACCAGCAAUGGUAAGAAACAACCAGCUCUCAUACCAAGACAAAUUAUUGAUGUAAUUAAGACCUUACAUCAGUAUACUGUGACAUGACCAAAAAUUUGUGUUGCAUUCCCAGAUUAUUCCAAAGUUUCACUCCACACACAGAUACACAAAAACCUUUACUAGUUGUUUGAAUUUUGGGUAUUGUGAACUCUCCAUAUCCUCUUAAGUUAUGAGUUCUCUCUUUCAUUGCAAAAAAGAUUUGCACUUCAAUUGGUAAUAAUUUGUUGAAUGCUUUAUAGAGGAUUAUUGAUGUGUUAUACUUUACAAGAUUGUUAAAUUUUAGCAGUUUUGAGUAAAUAAACAAAUUAUGUGUGUGCUCCAGAAACCCGACCUUAUGGAUGAUCCGCACGGCUAGUUUCUGUAAGGUGACUAAAGGAUUUAUUGUGCUCUGACAGGUGUUUCCCCAGACUUCAAAACAAUAUAAGAAUUAUGGGAGAACCAAAGAGCAAUAUAAAGUGCGGAGGGCGUUCUCAUCUAGAAAUUGUUUAGCUUUAUUUGUAAUUGACAGAAUUUUGGAAAUUUUUGUUUUUAUAUGUCUGAUGUGGGGUUUCCAUGUCAGU